GAGGGAGGGGAGAGAGGGAGAAGGAAGGAAUGGUGACUCCAAGAACCGAUGAUGGUGGUGGCGGUAAGAUGGCGGAGGAGCAGCCGAAAGGCGGUGGCGGCAGCUUGCAGGUAUCCUCACUGGUUGCUCUUCUGUUAGCAGCUUUGAGGAGAUCAAUGAUGUCUUCGUGCCGACUGGACCGGAGGCGAGACGGGGACGACGUCGCCGUAGCCGUGACUCUUCGUCCCAUGGAGAUCGGCUGGCCGACGGACGUGAAACAUGUCGCACACGUCACGUUUGAUCGGUUCAAUGGCUUCCUUGGCCUGCCAAUUGAGUUUGAGCUUGAAGUUCCCACAAAGGCUCCCAGUGCAAGUGCAAGAGUGUUCGGAGUUUCAGCCGAAUCGAUGCAAUGUUCUUAUGAUUCCAAAGGAAAUAGUGUGCCAACCAUCCUUUUGCUGAUGCAGGAGCAUUUGUACAUGGCAGGGGGCCUUAAGACGGAAGGCAUAUUUCGUAUUAAUCCAGAAAAUAGUGAGGAGGAGCACGUGAGAGAGCAGCUGAACAAAGGAACUGUGCCAGAUGACAUAGAUGUUCAUUGUUUGGCAGGUUUGAUAAAGGCUUGGUUUAGAGAGCUUCCUGAAGGUGUUCUAGAUGGCCUUUCUCCGGACCAAGUUCUUGAAUGCAAGACGGAAGAAGACUUCGUUGAACUCGUGAAGCUGCUUGGUCCAACACAGGCUGCACUUCUUAACUGGGCAGUGGAGUUAAUGGCUGACGUUGUUGAAGAAGAAGAUAUGAACAAGAUGAAUGCGAGAAACAUUGCAAUGGUUUUUGCGCCAAACAUGACCCAGAUGUCGGAUCCAUUAACAGCCCUGAUGCAUGCUGUCCAAGUUAUGAAUUUUCUCAAGACAUUGAUCCUGAGGACUCUUCGGGAACGCCAAGAGGUUGCCAUGACAGGAGGAUACUCGACAUUAACUUCCUCCCCAGAUCAUCAAGCUGAAGAUGGUAGCUGCAACAGUGAGCAGGACACUGGCAGCAGCUAUGACGAGAGAGAAUACACAUCCGAUGAGGAUCAGGCAGACUACAGUCACACUAGUGGGGAUGAAGGCGAGUCACUGAAUGACAUAGAGGAAUGCUUCUUGAGGCAGCUGGAUCAAGAGCACCAUACAGAUGAUGAUGCCUGUGAAGAUUUGGUUGUCUAUGGAGAAGGUCACGUUAGUCCAAAAACACCCAACAGAAGUUUCAGAAAGCAGGCACAAGCAGAGAACACAGCCUCUGGCUCUAGUGGGUUCAGCUUCAACACACAGUCUGCUCUAUCAGUAUCUAACAAACAAAGUCCAUCCUUUAGCACAAGUGAAGAUGAGGAAGAAGAUGACUUCAGUACCAACCCUAUCACCAGCGGCAAUGUGGAAAAAAUGAAUUGUGCAGAAGAAAAGAAAGAAAAAGAGACAAAUGAACUUUGUGUAACGCCAUCAACAGAGUCUCUUCCUACCCCUAACCAGUGUGCAGGUUGAGGUGACUACUGGAUUGUCUUUGGUUAUAAGCAAGUCAUAAGAAAUUGGCUUUGUGUUUGGGCGCAGUUAUUGCUGCUGCCUUGUACAUUUAUCUUUGUCAUGACUGGCUUUUUCGUCAAAAAAAGCCAUCGGGGAGUGGUUGCGUCUUGUGUUGUAGGAUUAACCUGGUUUUUCUGGUUUCAUGUUUGUCCUAAUUUACUGGCAUGACUUUGUCUUGAAAAUGUGUCACCGUCGUCGAAAGCCACGCCCCUUGUUGCUGUAUUUUGAACUCUGUACCACACAUUGGAAACAUGAAAUAGAGAUUCACCGCCCGAUGUUCAUGCUGAUUGAGAAUGCUAA